GGAAUGGCUGGCCAUUGGCCCGAAGUAUUCGCAAAAACUCGGGAAUCCGCACCAGGUCGCACCUUCAAAUUCCCCGCCCAGGGCUAUCAGGCGACGGAAGGCUAUGCGCUGGUCCGCCCAGGUCACUCUGGCGAUAAUAGCCUCAGCGCCACCCACGAUCGCGAGCUGAUACGCCUCAAACAAGACGCAUCAGAGUUGGCCCCAACCAAAAGAGAGACCGAUGCCCUAAGUGGGAACAACGACGAGUUCGUCUUCCGACACCCUCAAGCAAUUUGGACGCCAUGCUCCGCCCAGGAUAUCACGAUUCACUACGAACUAGACGUGGUCGAUGACGUGCCUAGUCUGCUAGAAGAGUUCGCGAGACUGAAACGCCUGGGAAGGUUUGAAGUGGCCGAGGAAUUCUUUGAAAAGUCCCUUGCGGAGUUUGCGAGCUUACUGCCAGUUCUACUCGAAUAUGCCGACAUGCGGAUUGAACAAGGUCUGUAUGAGCGCGUUCGCCACAUCAAGUUUCCUCGAGAUAUGGAGGAUCUUUCUCUCCCGACCGUCAACGUAACAGAAAAGCCAUCCGCCUUUCUUUACCAUGCUAAUUUGGCACUGAUCCAAGCGUUCGCGGCCAUACAGUUCCAGGGAUGUAUGAGUGAAGCGUACGCGAGCGUACGAGCACUGGAGACUCCAAUGCGCAAGCUGCGGCGAUAUCGCCGACGCGAGCAUCUUCCCCUGGACUCUGCAGAGGUGCAGGUGUUUCGGUAUGCGCUCAAGAUUCUUUGGCAGGUCGAGAGGGAUUCAAAUUUGAUUCCGGAGCAUCAUUUUGACUUCUGGUCGAAUGGCACCGAUCUGUACCCAUUUCUGCUGGCAGAAGGCAGGGUUUGGGAUGCUCGCGAUCUCAUGAUAGCUUCCAUUGAAGCAGAUGGCGCGGCUAAUACUUGGAAGUGGAUAUUUGACCUCAGCAUUUUCGCCCACAGUUCUUUCAGUCGCCUGCUGGAUGACUGGAACAGCCAGCAGUAUGAUGAGCCCACCGCCCUCGCACUCUUAGACAUACUCGUCACUGUCAGUCAACAGUUCCUCUCGUAUGCAAUUUCGACCCCCAGUGAGCAUGACCUGUCGGUCGCUCACCGAAGCCUUCAGCACGCCGAACCCCUCGUCGCUAUGCUCCGGUCUUAUUGCCGCUGGGUGACUGUCAAGGCCGAGCUCGGAAGAAAGCGUCAGGGGCAAGACAAGAUGAGCUUUGGGUUAGAGAAUCAUCUCUCAAAGUUUCCGGGGCUCACCAUCUGGAGUGGCGCAGUGCCGAUAUACCUACCCAUUAAGACUGAGAAUCCAGGCUGGACCCCCGAGGCGAGCAUCACCACUUCUUCGCACAUCGAGCUCUAUGACGCCGUCUCUAGAAUGCAUAGAUUUGGCGACUACGCCACCGAGGCCCUUUGUCGAGCGGAAUUGCUUCAUCAUUGUUCCCCGCUCGGCGCCAUGCAGCAGCUGGUGCACCUCGCAGAUUUACAAAUCACAACGCAGGGCGAUCGCUUCGGUUACCAUAAAACUUGCCUGGCGAAGUUUCUCUUCACCAGCACAUCGCUCCUGCGUCAGUCACUACUCGCGGACUUGCGACUCACACCAUCCACCCGGAUAUCGUUCUCCUUCCCGGGCCUGACUGCGUGGUGUAUUGCCACCGUUGAGCGGGCUCUCCUGGACGCUGAGAAUCACCAGGAGCGCGCGGUGCAUCAGCUCACCCUUCAACAAGCGGCAGCGGGCGAUGUCGCCCUUCUCCCUCAAUAUAUCCAAGAUCGGCUGAGGAAUGGCCUUGAUCGGAUGUACGGGCUCGACUGUGGGCCUCGGGAAAAACCAAGCACCCUCGCCUUAUCGCCGAUUUCAACCAAGCCUGCGCUCAAAUAUGGCCCAACCUUUACCGGUCAGCGCUCGCUGCCGAUUAGCAGCAGCAGCAACAGUGGCAGCAGUGAUGAUUCGCUCUUCUCCCGUGCUGAUCCUGCGGUCUCCAUCGGUUCCAUUCCUCCCACCCGGUUACUUAACGAUGAUGACGAGGAUAGCAGUAGUGGUGAGAGCUUUGGCACUGCGGACUCGGGCGCAGAUGAGAUCGGACGCCAGGAAACGAGUUCCCGACGUCAAAUAGUAACAAUAGAGGAUGUUGAUGAGGAUGAGGAUAGGAACGGGGAUAUAAAUAAGGAUCUGAAUGAUGGGAAUGUUGGUAACGGAUCAAACACUGGAGAUCCCCGGCAAGGUCCAGUGCGAUGA